GUGUGUUUUCAUGUAUUCACUGCAGAGAGAAACGCAGCACUGUCCCUUUAAUCCCUUCAAUCAUUCUGUAUGUAAAGUUGUAAAAAGCAGAGCUUCAGGUCUCCUGCUUGUAUGAAUGUGAGUCCGCGCAUGCGCGCUGCCGCCUAUGUCUACCAGGGCGUCUCUCUCUCUCUCUGGGAAAAGCAGGCAGGAGGAGAGCAGCAGAAGGGGGAGGAGGCGGACUCCUUCUUCUUCUCCUUCUUCCGAUCUAGCGGCGGCGGAAGGAUAUUUAAAAAAUACAUUUAAAGAAACCCACGCACCGACCCCCCCCAUCGGAGCGGAGCGGUAGAGGGAGGAAAAGCAGACGGAUGUGCCUCCGAAAGCGCAGCGGAUACCGCCCUCCGGACCUCAUUAAUGCCAAGAUUGAGAGGUCGGAGGCUGAAGGGGGGAUGACAUGCAUGUGUCCGGCCUGCUAACAUCGCUGACGACUCGCACACUAACCUGCUGCCCGCCCUCCCGACAUGACAGACGUCCUGGUCCGAUCCCGGCCGAGCGAGGGGGCGAGCUGGCCAUGGGGGGAGGUCGCAGCGAGACCUCAGCACUGAGAGGGACGGGAGGGGGGCGGGGCAUGACCACUACCCAGAAUUCCCAACGGCCGAACGCCUGCUGCUUCUGCUGGUGCUGCUGCUGCAGCUGCUCAUGGAAUGAAGAGGAGAGGCGGCGACGAAGCAGGAGGAAGAGAAUAUCACAGGAGACAAAGAUGGAAACCAUACCAAACUGUGAAGCUUGCACCAAACCCUCAGUGGAGGAGAUGCGUCUGUGGUCUCAGUCCUUCGACAAGCUGAUGAGGAACCCGGCGGGUCGGAAUGUUUUCCGUGAGUUUCUACGGACGGAGUACAGCGAGGAGAACAUGCUGUUCUGGCUGGCCUGUGAAGACCUCAAACAGGAAAUCAACAAGAGCUCCAUCGAAGAGAAAGCACGCUCCAUCUACGAGAACUACAUCUCCAUAUUAUCGCCAAAAGAGGUGAGUCUGGACGCCCGGGUUCGAGAGGUGAUCAACAGGAAGAUGCAGGAUCCGUCGCCUCACACGUUUGAAGACGCACAGCUCCAGAUCUACACGCUGAUGCACAGGGACUCCUACCCACGAUUCCUCUCCUCCAACAUCUACAAGUCACUGGUUCAUGGAAGCUCACGUACCUCCUCUGAGUCCUAGUCCCACUCAGCCUUCUUCUGUCACGCACUCAAAGAAUUGAUUCCAGAUCGUUUCAUCCCCUCAUCCUCCAGCGUCCUGAGAAUGAUCUGACUCGUCCUCAUUCAGUUCUUCUUUUCUCUGAAUGAAGAAUCUUCCAGAUCUUCCUCUCUCCAUGUUCCACACAUUUCUGUCUCCUCUCCUGUCUUCUCUGCUCUCUUUAUUUCAGUCUCAUCACAUCUCUCCGUCUGUUUCUAGUUGAUUUGUUCGGUUUCCUUUGUCACUAUUAGGCAAACGUCCAGAGGAGUGUCAUGGGUUACAAAAUAAGGAUGGGUUUUUAAGUGGAAACAAAUUUCUCAGCAUUUAGCUGAGAGUUCUAGCACUCAUCCUACCAGUAUUUCUGAACGUUAUGUGCAGGAGUCUAUCUGCAACUUUUAGGAAGAAUCCUCCUCUGUCUCUAGGAGAUAAAGAGGUAUGGAAAUUAAAUAUAUCAGUUUAAAAAUGUGGUGUUGUGCCAACCCUAGAGGCCAGAAGAGCCUCUGUCACCGCUAACAGAGGGCUCUCAGUCAGUACAGUAAUUAGAGAUGGCGUCAAAGGCUGCAGGGAAACCUAACCUCUAUUUUCCACAAACCUGGCUGCACCGCGCUCUGACACACUGGAAGCAUGUGGAGAGUGUUGAGCAUCGCCGUACAGCCCUGAGCGGUCUGAGAGGGCUGAGACCGGGCAGAGCUGUGGGUUCAUGCUGGAAGAGGAUUUCAACAGCAGAUUAUCUGGUGUUUUUGGGGUUGACCGUUCGUUUCAAUAUGAUUCCAUGAUUUUAUUGCUUCCACCAUAGGUUAGUAGAUUAUGAAGUUAAAAUCUUGUUUUUUCUACCAAGGAUGCAUGGUUUCAUCUGUAUCCUUGCCAAUGGUGCCAUGACCCACUGACCUCCUGAUGACCUUUAGCUUGUGCUGCAGGAUGAGGUGUGAUGUUAAUAUAGUGUUGAUUUACCACCAGGAGUCUGUUCUUGUGUUUUAUCUUGAGGUUGUCUGGCUUCUUUCUGUUCGGUCUGCUCUACGUGGGUUGAUGCCGUUUGCAGCGGCCAUUGCAAAAAAUGCUCUGAUUGUCUACGGGAGUGAUUUCCUUCAUGGGUGGAUCACGCUGCAGCAGUGUUAACCCUUCUGCCCUCCUCAAAUUUACUACCCUCUGGACACCUUCAAAGCAAAAAUGGACACGUACAGAAAAACUGCCAUUAAAUCCCCAUACAUCUAUAUUUUUUUCUACUUUUUAUCAUAAUGAUCACAAUAUGAUCACAAAUUAAAAAAAACAAAUGUUGAGAAAAAUGGCCAAACAUGCCCCAGGAGGGCACAAGGGUUAAGGCAGAACCUUCCCACCAGCAUUCAGGGGUUUUAGUGUUACCAGAGUCUAGCCUGGCUGCUGAUGGAGGUUCUAAACCAGCACCAACACUGAGUUUUAGAAUAGUUGAAGAACCAAGGCCAGCAUCUUAUUCUACUCAUUGAUCAUGUUUUGGCUGGUUCUAUUAAAAUAAACUCACUGGCUCCUCCUAGAGCAUUAAACCUCGUCCUAUAGUCUCCACAUGGUUAAAAAGAUUCUAACUUGACUAGAUGAAUGUGGCCAACACUGCUAUGAAAGGCUACUUUUAUAUUUUUAAAGUGUUGGUCUCUAAGUUUCAUCUUAAGCUGUGACAAAGUUGAAGCACUGAGAGGAAGACUAGAUUCAACAAACUCUAGUCACAUCCUGUUCUUCAGAAUAGCUGCUCCUCUAAAACAUCUGAUCCUCCUCUACUCUCUGAUAUUCUUCUUUCUCACCAGCUCUCACCUGUUCUGCUUUCACCCCUGUAGUUUCUUCUUUCUCUCUUUUUAUCAAUGACAUGUUCAUUCAUUGGUUGGUGGAGAUGUUCUGAUAAUUUGGGAGAUUUUAAUGCAUUUCAGUGAGAGGAGUAAACUUCAGUGCCAUGGAUUCUAACAGGAUUUUUACCCUUUUUUAACAUUCAGGAGCCUGUUGAUGUUGGAUUUUUGUGACUUGGAGCCACCUCAUAGCCUUGUAGUUCAUCUACGGUUGCCUUUACUGGAGGACUGAUGAAAGGCUCAAAGACUGAUCAUCACUUCUGUCUCUUUAAACUGGAAAACACAGGGUGCUCCCUCCAUCCCUCACCACUUCUACAUUUGAUAUUUUUGUUAUUUAUCUUUGUUGGAUCAAUCACUUCACUCCUGUGACUAACUAAAGAACGAACGGAUGGAUGGAUGGAUGGAUGAUGGAUGGAUGGAUGAUGGAUGGAUGGAUGGAUGGAAAAUGGAUGGAUUAUGGAUGGAUGCA